UUGGAAGUGGAAUGAAAAGAUGAUUGGCUUUUGAAUGGAAUUUCUUUUCUAAUGUCGAUUUAAGAAUGAUCUGAACUGAAAACUGGAUCAAAAAUGGCAAAACGAAGGCGUAGAGAUAGGACAGAAGUCAGCUGCUGUAUCAAAUACCUUGUAUUUGGAUUCAAUGUUUUAUUUUGGUUCAUGGGUGUAGGGAUAUGUGCUGUGGGAAUAUGGGCGUGGUCAGAAAAAGAUGUUUUUGCCAACAUUAGUCAAUUGACAACGAUAACGGUCGACCCGGCUCUUAUUCUUAUCAUCACAGGAGGAGUUAUGUUUAUCAUAGGAUUUGCAGGCUGUACUGGUGCUCUCAGGGAAAACACUUGCUUAUUGUUAUUUUACUGUGUGGCUAUAGGAGUAAUAUUCUUCGCAGAACUAAUAUUAGGCAUCCUAGGUUUUGUAUAUAAAGACUGGGUCAAAGAACAAAUGAAGGGCGAGAUGACCAAUUUACUCAUUCAUUACCGCGAUGAUCAAGACUGGCAGAAUCUUAUAGACUGGGUGCAACUCGAUUGGGUGAAGACGCAGAUCAAGACACAACUGAAGGUCACUAUAGAUAAAUACAGAGACGAUUCAGACUUACAAAAUCUGAUCGACUGGGUGCAAACGGAAUGGCUUCAUUGCUGUGGUGUCGACGGAGCUGAAGACUGGGACCUGAACAUGUACUUUAACUGCACAUCAAAAAGUGCUGAAAAAUGUGGUGUGCCAUUUUCCUGUUGCAGACCAAGGCCAGGGGAGGAGCUCAUCAACAAACAGUGUGGAUACUACGUGCGCCAUCCAAGCCAACAAAGUGUCAGUUCGCUCUCCGAGAAAAUCUAUACAACGGGAUGUCUAGAAGCUGGCGAAAAAUGGCUGGAAGAACAUUUGAUACCAGUGGCAGGGGUGGCUGUUGGGGUAGCGCUUGUCCAGAUCCUUGGUAUAUGCUUCGCACAGAAUCUCCGUAGCGACAUCUUUGCUCAGAGAGCCAAGUGGCACUGACAUCAGCUUUCCUAAGUCAGACGUCCGUCUGGCUUACACUCAUGACUGGACACAAACUGAGGUCAUCCACUCGAUUGUACAAGCUAUGACGGGGUCCUCAACUAUUUUACUACUGGACCACUGACAAUUUCAGAUACAACGUUGCCUUAAAAAUGUGAGAGAAUUCUCUCUUGAUGAGGGAGUUGUAAGGUUUGACUUGUAACUUGUGUUUCUGAUUGUAACUUGGACAAUCUCAUGAAAGAUCUUGCCUUAGAUCAAGAAACCAACGGAUAUUUGAAUACGGUUGCAGCUACCACUUUGUUGUGUUGGUGGUGAAAUCAAAAGUGUCAGGCCUUUUUCAAAAGGCUGCUCACGUUCUAGUGGCUUAUUUGUUGUGCAUGGUUUGGGAUUUAACAAAGUAAGAUAUGCUGGACAAUGGCUGGCAGAGAUUGAUAGAUACAAAUGUGAGUUUACGUCCUCCUUGUGUAUGUCAAGGAUGGUGCAAUUGUGGGUCCCUAAAUUAUUUCGUGAAAUGCAUUUUAAAGUGCUUCUCGGUAACCCUUCAAAAUGUCUGGGGGCGUUUUAGGAAAUUUAGUCAAAUAAGGACAAUCUGUUUCAGUAACUCAUUUGAAGAGAGAAACUAAUGCAUUUUAAUUUAUUUCAAAUUGAGACAAGAUUUAUUUGUAAUCUUUGCUAUGUUAUUUUUGUCACACUUUUGCAUCAAAUAUUUUUCACUUUCUGUUCUGAUACCAAACCGGAUGUUAAUUUGCACAACAUUUUGUUACCGAGACCUGGAAAUCAAUUCACCACUGUGACUUCUUCCUGAAGGGCAUGUAAGGAUAUCUAUGUUACAUACUCCUGCUAACUUCCUACUGCAGUAUAGAUGGGUUAUGAUUGUGCGAGUAGCUUUGUCAUUUGGUAAGGCGUUUACUAAAUGUGCCAUAUUGUAGGAUUGGAAUCUCAGACUCUUGUAGUAAUAUCUGAAAUGAAAGUGAUCUCGGUGGUUUAUGUUGGUUUAGCUAAAAUGAGCCUGUCCUUAUCUCUUCAUCAAUGUUUUGUUCUGCUCCCGAGGCCUAAUUCUAUUGAAUGAAAGUGUUCAACAACACGUUUUAUAAUGAACUUGCACUUUCCACAGGCAGUGCACUUCAGCCGAUAUUUUAAGAUAUAUUUUGUCAUGAACAUGACAAAUGGCUGUAGCCUGAGCAUGAGUGGCUGAAGGUGAGAUCAACCAGCCACUGCUUGAAUCUCAUCUACUUUGAUGCAAUUUUCUAUUGCUGCUUGAGUAAUCAUUGUUUCACUAGAACACUCCAUUUCUCUUGCUUUCUUUUGGUGUCAUGUUUUGUUUGAAUUACUGUAGCUGUCUCUAAGGCUAAGUGACUAGUGAACAUGGAAGAAAGAAAAAGCUGAGGUGAAACCCAGGCAAUUAUGUUGUGUCCCUUUCUACUCUGAAGCAGGGCACUUGAAGAUACCUGGUUUAUAGUAGCAGGUUUUGAAGCUGAGAUUUGACAGAUAGUUGUUGAAGAUGCCAAAUUGGCAGAUAGAGUUUGAGAUGCAAGGUUGACUGAUGGUUUUGAAGCUUGUGUGAGAUUGGAAGUUUUAGACGUCGCAAGAUUGGCAGAUAGUUUGGAUGUUGCCAGACCAACAGUUGGUUUACACCUCAUGUGUUGUAUUGUGAAAAUCUUUGACCAUUAUGAGGUCUACUUUGUAUCAAAGUCAAAGAUAAUAUAUGUCAUAUAUGAAAGUAUUGGAAGUGCAGAUUUGGUGAGCUAUGCCACUAAAAAUAAAGUACAUGCCAUAAUCGUAAAUUGAUGUAAUUAGCGAGGUCAAGAGGAAAUAACAUAAGUUAUUACCUCCUGGCGAGGUUUGGCUGACCAGAAAACAUGAUCUUGUAAACAUGGCAAUUCAACUUGCUGCUUCAAUCAUUAAUAUUUUAUAAAAGCACGCAAAUAAGAAUGCAAUUUAAAACCAAUGUAUUUUUAUAGAUGAUCAAAUGUAUUAAGUGUUAACAGUAGGAUAGGUGUUUCAAUAACGAAUGAUCAUAAUAUUGUACCUCUUUUAAAGUGAGGUGAACUUUCUGUACAUAUUCAUGUAUUUAAGAAUGUAAACAUGGGGAUUAUGUUUUAGAGUAAUGGAACAUUAUUGUCUCAAUUCAAUGGAUAUGUUUAAGGCAGUGUAGUGUUAAAAUGGCUGUUAGUUGGCUCAUUCGCUGCUAGCGUAUUGACCUUGCAUUGCACAAUGCAUAGGGCCAAUACAGUUUGACUAUCCUUUCAAUCUCAGUAGUAACACCAUAUAAAGGUGACCCGCAUGUCAACAUACAUUGUACUUCAUACUGACUUUGGCCCGUUAUUGCUCUGCAGACCUGAAACUUCCGAGUAAGUUCAAGGAUAAAGUCGAGAUUAGUCAUUGCUGAGAGUAUCCUUGGGAGGUUCUACUGUACUACUUGUCUAGACAUUCAUGCACUUGAUAGGGGACAAUGUUCACAGAGACGUCACGUCAGGUUACAGUAAUGUCAAACCGUCAGAGCUGCGAUGCAUGGUGAUGUGGCGACGGCCAACACUAAGUGAACGUUGUUCCCAAUCAAGCACAUGGAUCUAUAGUUGUUCUUCUUUCUCUAUGCAUUGUAAUUGUAGCUUUCUCCAGUUCUGUGAUGAAUUUCUUUAUAUUAUCUUGGGCCCAUUAUAUUACUCCUAAUUUGAACGUCAGAGAGUAAAGUUGGUCAUUGCAAAGCAAACAGUGCUUGAAGUCUUGAUUAACAUGUUGUGCUAACUAUCUGGACAAUUUAGGAGGGGAAUUUAUUGUUUGAGACGGAACCCUGUAUGCCGUAAGAAUAUUACUGUUUGACAACGUAGCACUGGUUAUGAUGACCAGUUCUGUCGCAGCACCAAAGAUUGUGGUUUCUCUGUGAAAUCACCAAUAAUCUGAGGGAUGUUUUCUUGUCAAAUAAGCUACUGUCCUUACCACCUCAUGGUCAUUUUUGUUCCGACCUGUUUCAUCCAGCUUUUUUGUGUCUGACAACAUCUCAUCAGCCUACCAUGCAUGUACUGUUUGAUAAUGUGUUUCUAUGAGCUUUAUAUUCUGUAACUUAGCAUAUAUACAUGUAUGAAGGAUAUUUUAGUAUUGACAUUGUAAGAGAAUAGCAUGAAUCCCAAAACUUUUGUAAAAUGGGAAACAGUUUUUAACCAUCUUUGUGUACAAACGUACAACGUACUUAAUGUGCCAAUUGGUGCAUGUUAGAUCAGUGUCAAGUAAGUGGUAUAGAAGAAGUGGCUGGCAGAACCUUCUUUGGAAUAGCAGCAUGGUGGAAAAAAACAACUGGAUUAUCGACACCUGUAAGUGUUUAGAACCGAAUGGAUGAUUGGCCUAACUGAGAUUCAGUCUCUAAAAUGUUGAUUCACUGUAAGUAACUUAUUGAUGGUCAUGUAUAGUGAUUGUGAAUGUAGAUUUUCUAGACAUUGAUAAUAAAAUACUUUGGACUUUA